AUGGCCAGCCCGUUCAAUCCGUUUGCUGGCCGCGGCCAGAAAACCGGUGCGACAGGCGCGGCGGGGCGCGGUCGUGGAGCUUCAAGAGGCCCAUCGACCUUUCAGCCUAGAGGCUCCAGCGCGCCUCGGGCAAACUUCCGCGGUCGUGGACGAGGCACUGGGGCCCGGGGGUCUCGCGGCCGUGGCGUGGGCGCCGUCGGUGGAACCACCAACGCGUCGUACACCGCACCAGAGGCCUCCAAUCCCGGAUUGGUCAAUUCCCCGUUUGCUCAGUUGAAUCAUCAGACUCAAUUGAACCAGCAAAAGUCUUUCUCGGCCAUUUUUGGCGGCCAGGCUGCCCAGCAGAAGUCUCCCUUUUCCGGUAUCGACAAUGGCGCCCCGGCGCAGCCUCGACAACCCCCGCGACCAACUUCGGCGCCGCUCAAAAUCGAUCGUGCGAAAGAACGACAGAAGGCGAUCAAGGAGGGGCAGAUGGCUGAUCCGAAUCAACCAACUUCGUUGAAUCAAGCCAUUACGCCUGUUGGUACCUGCACCAGCAUGUGUCCCGAAUUCGAACGCGUGGAGCGCAUUGUGCAGAAGAUGGUUGAUAAAAGCGAAAAGUUUCUUCAUCCGUCAACGGACUCGUUGCAAAACAUGGAGACCAAGAUGCUCAAGCGGUUUCGCCGAUCAGCUGCUGGGUAUGAUGAGCAAUUGCCCUCGGACAUUCGGACGCCAAAAGCCUUGCUCCAGACUACUAAUUACUUGAUUCGGCAUGUUAUUAAUGGUAACGAAUCGCUGGGCCUUAUCCACAAGUUUGUCUGGGAUCGGACCCGGUCCGUUCGCAAUGAUUUCUCGGUGCAGCAACUCACCCAAGAGAAUGAUGUGAGAAUGGCAGUUACUUGCCUGGAAAGAAUUGCCCGGUUCCACAUUGUCUCUCUGCACCUGCUCUCCAGCCCCGCGAACGAGGAGCCCUUCGACCGUCAUCAGGAGCGCGAGCAGCUCAACAACACGAUGUUGUCCCUGAUGUAUUACUACGACGACAACCGCGGGCGUAUCUCGUUCCCAAACGAGGAUGAGUUCCGCGCCUACUACAUCAUUUUCUCCAUCCAUGACCAGCGUCCCGACCUGGAGGCCCGUGUCCAGAAAUGGCCUGUGGCACUCCUGAACGCUCCUCGUGUUCAGGUGGCCUUGGAGAUCUUCGCGGCCUGCUGCAACACGUGGGAGUAUCAGGGUGCUCUGGAUGCUCGGCGGCCGAAUGCAAUUGCCCAGGGGUUUUACACGCGGUUUUUCAACAUCAUCAAUUCCCCGAGCGUGUCCUAUCUGAUGGCCUGUGUUGCUGAAAUCUACUUCAACUAUAUACGCCAGACAGCAAUUCGUGCCAUCUGGAAAGCUUACUGCCGUUCUCCUGCCUCGCAGCAGCAUAAGAACGAGGAAUGGACUGUCGACGAACUGACUCGGGUGUUACACUUCGAUGACAACGAGCAGACUAUCAGUUUCUGUGAGGAGCAAGAUUUGCAACUGGCCGAGAACGCUAAUGGCGACCUUUAUCUCAACUGGGGGAACCGACCCGUUGAUUCUGUCGGCUUCCAACCAUCUUCUGAACACUCCUUCUCUGGCAAAUACGUGGAGUCAAAGCGCGCAGGGCGAACCCUGGAUGCUGUCAUCCUUGGCCUGAACAUCCGAGAAGCAGCAAAAAUGGGCAUGAUUGACCGUUCUGAGUUACCUGCGCGCACCAAGCAAGUGGCGCCAGAGGUCCCUCUCCAGGAUGAUUCCCUCUUUGUCAGCCAAGAUGACAAUCAGGUGCCCACUUCAGUGACUGAGGCCGCCAAACCUUUUGCAGAACCCGCUAGGGCACAGUCUCCAUUCUUUGCUUCCGGUCUCCGUACUGCAUCUGAGGAUGCUGCACAGCUCCCUCCUGCGAACCAACCGUUCAAUGCCCUGCUGAACCCCCCUGUCUCACAGCCAUCGAAUCCCUUCCAGUCCUCUGGGCCGCCUGCCAUGUUCUCUACACCUUUUUCUGGUGGUACCGCAACCAAUAUUCCCCCAGCGACCUCUACUGCAACGCCGAAUCCCUUUGCUGCCCUGUCAUCAGGAACUGCUUCCGCCUUUGCCCCUUCUUCCCCUUUCACCCCUUUGAACACGGCUGGCAUCAGCAAAAAGGACGAGACGCCUGCUGUGACAUCAAUUUCCAGUCAACCAUCCGUCUUUGUGGGACAGUCACCUUCCCCAUUCGCUGGGCAGUCAUCGACUCUGGGGGGCAAUGGUGCAACCACUACUACACCAGGGCCAGCAAUUGCUCCUUCGAAUCCAUUCGCAUCUUCGAUUUCAUCAUUCACAACACCGAAAGCACCCGAGCCAAACCCGAAGGCUGGCACACCCUCGACCACCACCACAUCGACUCCUCAACCCUCUUCACUUUUCCCUACCGCCAAGCCUUUCUUUCCUUCAUCUGAGCAAAAGGAAACCAGCGCCACGAAGACGACGCUCUCAUCAACUUCCCCGUUCAGCUUUCCUUCUGCCUCCACCUUUCAUCCCACCCCGAACUUGUCUGCGCCCCCUGCAACAAAUGUUACUCAGCAAUCGGCCAGUAUCUUUGAGUCGGCCAAACCGCCAGCCUUCACCGGGUUCUCGCAGCCUUCAUUGUUCCAGUCUCAAAAGGCUCCCGCUCAGGAAACAAACACCCCAGUGGCUUCUCCACCUCAACCUGCGCAGCCUGUCUCAGAGCCCAAGCCGGCGCCAAAGCUUUUUGACUCGGCAUCGACGGGUCCUUCUCCUUUUGCUGCGACAUUCCAGCCAUCAAAGCCUUUGUUCCCAACACCGAACACUCCUGUCGCCCCCGCGGCGAAGCCGGAGACGAAGCAACCGGAACAGAGCUUUGAGGACGCGACCAAUCAGGUAGAAAAGUCAGCUGCUACCGCACCUGUUGCAACUCAUCCUCAGGCUCCGCUGCCAUCUAAAACCAUGGUAACAGAGUCUGUUGCCAAGAAGGCCGAUGGGGGUCAAGUCCAGUCCACUAUUGUCCAGUCUGCUAUCACUGCAGGACCUGAAGACAAGGAAAAACCUACAGCCUACCCUCCCUUGAUCUCCCCUGAGGUCGAAGCGGAACACCGUCGGGUGUGGGAGUCGUUCCUGGGAAGACUCGAGACACGGGAGCGUGCUGCAGCCGAAAAGAAAGCCGCGGCGGAAAGGCAGGCCAGGGCACACCAGCAAGCCGCAAUGCAACCUCAAGCCCCGCCAGCCACUCGGAAAAGAGUUUACAGCGAACCCCUCGGUCCCGAACACACUGCAAAGGGCACUGGUCCCAAGGCGCCCAAGGUAUCAGACGAAAAGGAACUUCCAAAGAAGUUUUCGCUUGCAGAAGCCUCCAUCAAACCCCUGCCGAAGCUCCCGAUCCUAGAACGACUGGAAAAGAAACUGGAAGAAGUCAAAACUUUGACUCAGCCCAGGCCACCUACUCUCGAAGAAACCGAGGCCGAGAAGCGCCGUUUGCGCCAAGUGGACGAAGACGAGAUGCUUCUGAAUGCUGCUCGCAUCGCAACCGAGCAGUUGCGAAGCGGGCCCAAGCUGUCGGAUCUUUUCCCGGGGUACACCCCACCGCGAUUGUCGUCUUACAACCCUAGUCGCAGCGUUUCCUACUCCCCGUCAUACACUCCGAGCAUGUCGCCGCCGGUCCCAUCUCAUGGUUACCGUGUUGCAUAUGCGCCAGAUACCCCCUUGGGCCUGGGCCGAACGAUGUCUCGCACUGAAGAGAGGAUUCGACGCACUGGGGCCCAUGGCUUGGCAUACAUACCACUCAAGUUCCCCCUUAAAAAGGAGGAUAAGAAGAAAGACGAGGAAACGGAUAAGGAUGAUGAGAAGGAGAAGGACAAGCUCAGCAGAAGUGCAUAG